CGGAGAAUCGGUCGCCGCUGCGCCGUUCUGAACACGGCUGCGCACUUCUGAGGCCGUGCGUUCUGACCGCGUCCGUCGGAGCAGCUCGUGCCGAGCCGGCACACCUCCCGCGCGGGCGGCAAUGUCGCCGCGAGCCGGCGCCCUGCUGGCCCUCCUCAGCGCGGGUCUGGCGCUGACCCUGGCGGCAGCAGGCGGCGCCACCGCGGCCGACCUGACCCCCGCGGGUCACCAGCCCCGGCCCUCGGUACACCCGUCAGCGCCAAGGACGCCAGCCGAGUAUGUCGAGGACGCCGUUGCGGCGCUGGGACGCACGCGGACGGAUCGGACGCGGGCCUCGGGCCCACCCACCCGACCCCGCCCGUCGAGCGGGGCAGGACUGUUUGCAAAUCUGUUCACGUCGCUGACGCGGCCUACGGAGAGCACCAACUGCCCGGGCCAGUGUUUCCACGCGCUGGCGGCACUCAUGUGCGAGAAGAUCCUGGAGAACCGCUCCUGCGGCCGGCCCUCCAUGCGCUGCUGCGUCGGCCAGGGUCCAGUGCGCCGUAAAGCGACGGUGGCGCCGACCUCGGCGCUCCCCGAAACACGCAGCACGACCCAAGUUGUAACCACAACCCCAACACAGGCGCCGUCAUCAACCACGAUUACCACGCCAUCAACUACAACUACUCCCACAACCACAACAAGAAGACCCACUACGACGACGAGGCCGACGACGAGGCCGACGACGAGACCGACGCCGCUUCCGACGACUACCACUGUGGCCACAACACAACCUACUACUACGGAACGUAUGACAGUGCCGUGCCCGGGGGUGUGCGUGGCCCUGCGGAUAGCCAACUACUGCGAGGCGGCGCUGGAUGUGCCACGAGCCUGCGCCGACGACCAGCGCUGCUGCGUACCCGGCUCUCUGUUCGACAACCUGCCGUCUCCGCCACCGGAGUUUGUUCGGCUCAAGAAGGCGUCGGUAGCCGGUCAACAGCCACCACAGCAGCAGCAGCGACCAAAGCCACAGGCGCGGCCGCCUCCGCAGACGGGGGUGCCAGCGACGAGACCGACAAUGCAGCAGCAGAAACGGCCGGACCAACCGCCAGCCAGGCGGCCGGAGCCACAGCAGCGGCCGCAGGAGACGCGGCCAAAGGCAGAGUCGCCGCCGGCCUCGAGGCCACAGCAGCUGCAGCCCGCCUCGACUCCGACAGCUCAGCAGCAACCAAAGCCGCAGUCGCAACCGGUUCCGAUGCAGUCCAAUUCAGCGGCACAGAAGCCACAGAAAGGAUUGGACGAAGAGAAUAAAUCGAACAUGAUGACGGCAGCUCGGCCAGACAUCACGAUCCCUGUUCGGUCCCAGUGCCGGGGCCAGUGCGUCAACGGGCUCUUCUCCUACCUCUGCGACCGGGUGGACCGGAGCGUGCGCUGCAACACCGGGGGCCGCUGCUGCCUGACGAGCCGGCGGCCGCCGCCCGCCCCUGAGCCGGCCCCCGAGCUCGACCGCAAGCCCGUCUCCCAGACCGGUCAGCUAGCCAAGGAACCGGCGGUGCACACGGGCGGCACGCCCUCUGGUGGCGCUCUCAGCGCCCUCAUCGGCCAGGCGCUGUCCGGUGGCGGCGGCGGCGGCCAGGGCGGCGCCAGCGGGUGGAGCCGAGCUGACCACCACUUUCCGUUGCGGCUCCAAGUCGGAGCGGUGCUGCGCCAAGAAUCCUCGUCCGCCGACAACUGGGAGCGGCGGGCAGCCUCCGCCGGGUACCAGCGGUACCGGACUAUCCGGGCUACUCGGCGCCAGCUGGCACGGAUGCGGUUCCGGCCGGCGUACCCGCAGUACCCGCAGGUGGUCGGCGGCCGGGACGCGGCCCCCGGCGAGUGGUGCUGGCACGUGGCGCUCGUCAACUCGCUGAACCAGUACCUGUGCGGCGGCGCGCUGAUCGGCACCCAGUGGGUGCUCACCGCCGCCCACUGCAUCACCAACAUCGUCCGUUCGGGUGACGCCAUCUACGUGCGCGUGGGUGACCACGACCUGACCUCGAAGCAGGGCUCGCCGGGCGCGCAGACGCUGCGUGUCUCCACCACCUACAUCCACCACAACCACAACACGCAGACUCUCGACAACGACAUCGCCCUUCUCAAGCUGCACGGCGAGGUGGACCUGACGGAGGGAGUUUGCCUGGUGUGCCUCCCGGUCAGAGGGGUUGAACAGCAGGCGGGCAGCCGCUGCACCGUCUCUGGAUACGGAUAUAUGGGUGAAGCGGAGGAGAAGAGGAGCGUGAAGCUGGACUGGAGCAGGAAGGUGGAUAUGAAGUUCAGGCAGCAUGCUGACAAGAAGCGGGCCGUCGCCCGCGUGGGGAAACUGAAGCGGCUGAACGUGAUGAAGAAACUGAAGGCGUCUGGCGGCUUGUUCGCAGGCCCUGAAGAGGUGGCGGCGCCCUUGAAGGUCCUCGGCGCAAAGGAGAACAACAGCGGAUGA